GGCGGGGGAACUAAGUCGCUCAGUAAAAAAAUAAGAGCGGUGUGUUUUGGUCGCUCUAGGCUUUGACUUGUCCAUCCUUUAACUGUCCCGAGAUGACAGUUUACGUGUGUUGUGCGCACGCGCACGAAGACCCCGUGAAUUCCGUUGCGGCGUCUGCGGUGUGGGAAGACCGGCGCAUGCGCACGAAGACCGCUCUCCUUGCCUCCGGGAGAACCGUUGUGGGCGUUGAGGAGGCGGAGCGCGGGUGGUUUGAACGGCGGUGGCGGCGCCGCCCGGCUCUGUGAGACACGGCUCCUGGUCAGUGAUGCAGUCCGCGGGCAGCGAAGACCGGGAAGGCCCGGCGAAGGCCGCGGGGCGAGGAGAGCCCCUGCCGAUGGUGCUCUUGUGCGCCGGCUGCAAACGCGCGGUGGGAGACACGCUCGACUGGGAGGCCAACGACGAAGACACCCGGUCCCUCCUCCUCAGGGCUGUUUCUUCCACUGUCACAGUGGACAAAGAGCAAAAGCUUUCAAACUGGCCAGAGGAGCGUGGUUGCGUGCUUGAAACCUUGUUUUGCUCUGGAUGCAAAACGACCCUUGGAAGCAUAUACAGAUGCACCCCGAGGCAUCUCGAUUAUAAACGAGAUUUGUACUGUUUAAACAUUGACUGUCUUGAAAGUUAUACCCUAGGAAGUGCAGAACGAAAAGCUGAUGUGGAUGAGGAGCCUCUUACCCUUGAAAGUCAGGCCGUUUUGGAAGAAUCACUAGAAAGGGCAACAGCAACACUGAAGGCACUGGAGCACCGAUUAUCUCUAAUAGAAUCAAGUUUUGCAUCCCUUCCCAAUAACAGCUGAAACAAACUGUAACUGUUGCUGUUAGUCGAUAUAGGUGCAUAGGCUUGCUAUAGCCUCUUUGAAUUUGUUGUUGUUAUUAUUAUUUAGUUUUGUAUCCCUCCCUCCCCUGUCUAAGAUGGGCACAGAGCGGCUCACAGCAAUCAUUUCACAAAGCUAAAAUCAGAAUAAUUUCAGUUCCAUUGGCACCCCAUUGUUGCUGUCAACUGUUGGCCUAGUAAAACAACUGUGUCUUACAGACCAUGCAGAAUUGCAGCAAAUCCCUCAGGCCCUGAGAGAGUGUUCCGCCAGGCUGGAGUCACAGACCACCAGUAGGUUGUUACCCACUAAGCUUAAUGCUCUUUGGUGAAUGUUGGAUAUGAAGGUCCCAGACAGCUUAGGUUGUUUUCCUUUUCCUGGUAGUUGCCUGGAGAAGGGUAAGGAGGUCAGGGUAGAUUUUAAUCAAUUGCACUUCGUGGAGCAUUCAGGCCCUCGCCCCAAAGCUGCGAUGUCUGUCCAAAUAGAGGUUGCUGCAUCUGACCACAGUUUGCCCGUAAGCACACCUAACUGACUCAUUCGUGGAUCGCUCAACAUCUUAUUUUUCAUCUGCACCCCACACUCUUUGCACUUAAACUGCAGCCUCAGAGGAGAGCCACUGAUCGACACCUCUCCUGUGUAUCUUUGCAGUAGCUUUUAAAGGAGCCUUUUGUGAUGGGUGUUCAAAGGGUGAGUGAUCAGAAGAUCUGUUGCCCCUGGAGGGAAGCCCUCGUGCUGGAGCUCAGUCAUUAUUUUACAGACUCUUUCCUGGAUUCGUCAUCCUGUUGCUUUGCCCUUUUUAAAAAUACAUAUGUAGCAAAGAGGAAUAAACGUCCUUGUUUUGUCCUAAUGA